AUCUAAAACGCAUGCAAAUAAAUACCAAAAGAACCAACGUACGCAAUCCAAUCCACCACAACAACCACCUUCCACAAUCAAAACACCACCCCCAUCUCCAACUCCACCUACAUCUUCCCCAACUCCAACGCAAAGAACAACAAGCAUACCAACAUCCACUACAACGACAACAUCCACACAAAAACCCCAACCGUUUCCCAGUGCACAAUAUUCUAACUCGGACGAGACGUUUGUCACGGUAGUCUCCAAGCCGCACAGUCUCGCCGCACACAACCCAAAUAUACCACAACAAAACAGAAAUCCCUCUAACACACCCAAUACACCGCAGUCCCAGUCAGCCUUGUUAGACUUUCGAACGGUGGACGACAUUGAAACUAUCUCAGACGCCAGUCAAAACGUACACGUACAGACAGCUGAACCCUUUAGAAGUGCUGGUCGUCCGUUUGAGUCAAGCACUGCGCUUAAUGGUAGGGGAAAAUUUUUGGCUGUCAUUGACAAAGUGGAGACAUAUGCUGACGGUGGUUCGCAUGGCAAUUCGGUACGGGCAAUUAGUGAUAAAGCCGUUUCACAUGAAAAAUAUGCAUCACACGAGAAUGCCUAUCGCAGCAGCAAGCAAUCGAAUGAGUAUUAUGGUAAAAUACCUGACGUCAAAUCACCACAGAAGAGCCGUUUGCAAAGCUAUAUUGUCUCCGAUGUCGCGCCGCAGAGUUUCAAACCCGUUCCGACCGUUAAAGUGGUUGCGUUGCCAUCCCCAGAGCCUGAGACUGUUUUAGAGCUUAUAAGCG